AUGACUGCGACAGACGUAGAAAUGGAUGAAAUAGACGUAGAAUCAGUUGGAAAUGGGGAUACGAAACACAGGCCUGAGGAUGACAAUAACGUAUGGAACAUUUUCCGGAAGGACCGACUACCUGAGGAUUCCAAAUGCUGUGUAGGGUUUACCGACAAGUUCUUCAGAGUUUUCAAGUUCCUUUUCUACAAUUUCCUGUUGUUUGCGUUAAUAGGUGGCGUUAUUGUCACCCGAGGCGGGCUACAAAUUCUGGCGUCACUGCUUGGCGACCAUGAAAAAAGAUUUGCAAAUAUGAGAACCAUUACCCAGGAUUUUAUUUCUUUUUUCUUUGUGAUCGCAAUACCUGAUGCUCUCAAAAUUUUGCAAACUUUUUUCAUGUUUCUUUUUGGUAGUCCAACGUGUGUGCGUUUUGUAUUGAUACACAUACGAGAGGGUUGUCAUCUUUUUGGCCUUGGAUGUCUGCUUUUCAAGGUCAUGCCUUACCUUGACCCACUACAGACGUGUCUUGUAACAAUAUCCGUGCCCUUUGUACCGGCCUUAGUCAACUUAGUGUCAUACUGCCACAGAAAAGCAUGCCAUUCUCGUAAAGGAGUCAUAAAGUUUUUAAAUGUAUUCUUCUUAAUAUUACUUUUACCUGCUGUCAUUAUUGUGCCAUACACCCUCAUUCAGUCCAGUGAAAUUAAAAAUGCAAAACGUUGACCAAACAAAGGAGAGCUCAUUGCCUGGAUUUUGGUAUCAGCGGUAUUGUUGUCGGUGAGGUGGAUCGAAACAUACUCCUUCUUUUGCAGGAGAUUCAUUGAACAGAGAACAAAUAAACGAGUUAAAGACAAAGGAUACGUGAUUUCGCAUUUGUCAUCAAGUAUCUUUAGAAUAGGUCUUUUGAUUGCUCUUUUCCCAACAUUUUAUUGUCCUAAUAUUCGAGGAAUUAGGAAUACAUACUAUAGAUUCAUGUCAUUGACAAAUGUUUCAGGACUACUCCCCAUAAAUUGCUCCGAAUCUCUUAAUUUUUCAAACUUGACAGUUAAAAAAAAUGUCACGUGCAAUGACGAAGGAAUAUCAUACUGGCUUGUGAUUGGCACAUAUCUGGCUCAUACGAUUGGUGCAGUAUUGACAACCGAUUUCGGCGUUCUAGCUAGUAGACUACGCAUGCAGAAAUGGGGUUUUGCACUUCCACUUACUCUUGCAACACCCCUUUAAAUAAUCCUAUUGCUUGUACUUAAUCAAACAGACAAGAGCUUUGAGGAAGGAUAUUUAUUACUGAAAGCAGACAAUACGUCUUUACUAGCUGCGUUCUUUUUCGUUGGAUGGAUUGGUCAAUCCUGGCUUUGUCGUCAUACUUGGUAUUGGCAGCGGGAGGAGCGCAUGGAAUUUGCAAACAAACUGUUUGUUCUACCACUGUUCUGUAGCCCAAUGCUGGAUCUUGCACUGUUACACAGCCGGAAGAAAAGAAACACUUCUGAGACAGAGACUAAAACAGAGACAUCUUGCGUAGACUCCAAGGUUUAUAUCUGCGCCACCAUGUGGCACGAAAAUCGGAUUGAGAUGAAGCAGAUUCUGAUAUCUAUAUUUAGACUUGAUCACCACCAGUUCCAAUACGAGUAUAGCAAAAAUGAACUGGGGAACAAUGAAAAAGAUUAUUAUACAUUUGAAGCUCACAUUCCAUUUGAUGAUGCCAUGGAAACUAAUAAAACAACGCAAACAAGAGGUCCCAAUGAUUUUGUCCGGCAGUUCAUGGAAAUCGUGGAUGAAGCUGCCAGUGCCUUUUAUCGGAGAAAGAUUGAACUGGAUCCGCCCCAAAAAUAUGUCACACCAUAUGGUGGCCGAUUGGAAUGGGAACUUCCGGGAGAAAAUAAGCUAAUAGUUCACCUCAAAGAUAAGGAUAAAAUACGGCAUAAGAAAAGGUGGUCUCAGAUUAUGUACAUGUACUAUUUCAUUGGAUACGAACUUCUCAUGAAAGAAAAAAACCCAAUAAUCAAACCCAAUACAGAUUUUGAUGACGUGCCCUCAAUAUUUGAUUUAUUGUCUGAAGACGUGAGGCAAAAGGCUGAAAAUACCUACAUUCUGGCACUUGACGGUGAUGUGGACUUCCAACCUAAAGCUCUUCGGCUUUUAAUAGACCGUAUGAAGAUAAACCCCAAAGUUGGAGCAACAUGUGGGCGAAUCAAACCCGGAGGUUCAGGUCCUGUGGUCUGGUAUCAACGUUUUGAGUACGCAAUAGGUCAUUGGCUUCAGAAGUCGGCUGAACAUAUGUUUGGAUGCGUACUUUGCAGUCCUGGAUGUUUCAGUUUGUUUAGAGUGAAAGCUCUUAUGGAUGAUAAUGUGAUGAGAACGUACGCAAAAUUACCCACCGAGGCACGCCAUUUCCUCCAAUAUGACCAAGGCGAAGAUCGGUGGCUUUGUACUCUUAUGCUGCAACAAGGAUACAAAAUUGAAUACUGUGCAGCAGCAGAAGCCAUAACAUUUGCCCCGGAAGAGUUUAAAGAGUUUUUCAACCAGAGAAGACGCUGGAUGCCCUCUACAAUGGCCAACAUUUUGGACUUGUUACAAAGUUGCGCCCGUACAACGAAAAUGAACCCGAAUAUUUCAUACUUCUACAUUUUUUAUCAAAUUAUCUUAUUUGUAUCAUCGGUUUUGGGUCCUUCAACUGUUUUGCUGGCGCUUGAGUCUGCCGUUGCUUCAAUCUUUGGCGUAGCGCCUUGGUUGACCUAUCUUUUGACAUAUGGUCCAACACUACUCUUCAUAUUUAUUUGUUUAAAAUGUAAAACAGACACGCAACUAAAUUGGGCAAUGGUUUUAAGUGCCAUUUACGCUCUAUUAAUGAUGGCAGUAUUUAUAGGGACACUGGUGUCGAUUGCUGGUGAAGGCUGGUAUACUCCCACAGGAAUGUUUUUCUAUAUUCUUGUUGGCACAUUUCUCAUUGCUGGCCUCCUUCAUCCGCACGAAUUCGUUGAUCUUAUUUGUGGAGCUCUUUACUUAAUUUGUAUUCCGGCAGGAUAUCUUUUCUUGGUAAUUUAUGCUAUUUGUAAUUUGAAUAAUGUAUCUUGGGGUACGAGAGAAAAUAAAACAGCAGUCUUGGAAAAUGCCGGACAAAAUGGUAAAAAGAGCUAAAAGAGGGAGACGGAAGAGGAAAUAGAUUUUGUUACAACGGAAAUGAUAAGUGGAAUGAUAAAACAAGUAAAAAAUACAAAUGUUUCAGGGGCUUCUUGUUCAGAAGCAUUCUUUUCCGUAUUCCGUUGGAUGAAUAAUCUUGUUAUUCUGAAAUCUCUGGAAGCUGUCCAAAAUAUAUUCGAAAAAAGUAAGGACGAAACAGAUCAAGGAUCUGAUCAGGCAAUUAGCAAAAAAUCACUUCUCAAAAGCAGGCGACGCAGAAUACCAAAGAUUGAUCCAAAUCAACUGGACGACACAUCAUGGGCGUUAGAAGAUGUGAGAAACACGAAAAUAUCCACAUUAGAUCAAAAGGAAGAGGAAUUCUGGAAGGGAUUAAUUCGUCAUUACCUUUAUCCAUUAGAGGAAGAUCAGAAAAAAGUAGACAAAGACAAAGAAAUGCUUUCUGAAUUAAGAAACAAAGUGGCUUUUGGAUUUUUCUUCCUUAAUGCACUGUGGUUGGCUACUUUGACAGCAAUGAACGAAGUAAAAUAUAUCAUCAACAUUAAAAUAACAGAUACAAUUACCAUUGAACCACUUGGAUUCGUGUUCUUAGUUGUUUUCACCACACUUUUGUUGUUGCAGUUCGUGGAAAUGCUUAUGCAUAGGCACGAGACCUUACUCCACAUCUUAGCAAUAACUAAAGUUUUCAAACGAAAGACACACGAUAUCAAGAAAGAUAUCGGGGAAAUUGCAAAGUCCCCUAUGUCUCCUAUGGCUAAUGAUGAUACUAACUUAAAUAAAAUUUCAGAUAAAGAAGAAGACAUUUACUGCAAUGAAUCUGUAAUUGAAGAAAGUGCAGAAAAGAGAAAAGAUAAUAUGGUUAAGAGCCACAUAGGACACUAUGAAAAAAGAAAGAGUCAAGGCCUAAAUUUAAGACAGACUGUACGAAGAAACAGAAAGAAACUUGAAAGCGGAGGAGGUUGUUACAGAAAUCCCACGAUACAGGAGUAA